GUAAUUUAGAUCUGGGUUUUAUAAAAUAUCGCGUUACGUCGACUGCAUCAAGAAGAUGGUCAAAUGCAAAUUUAAGAACGCUAUUAGUCAUGCAAAACACUCACUUAACCCAGAUCGAGAAAAACAGCCCAAGGGAAGUACAAUGCGAACUAAGGCUACCAUCAAGCGACUUAAUAUGUACCGUAAUUUCAAGGCAAAAAGAAACAAAAAUGGAAAAAUAGUUCGUCCUGCACCUUUCCAAUCAACUCUACCUUCCGGUACAGUUGCACGGGUUGAGCCUAAUAGACGAUGGUUUGGCAAUACACGUGUUAUAAGUCAAGAUACGUUACAAAGUUUCAAAGAAGCAAUGAAGAUUCGAAAUCCUUACGAAGUCAUUUUGCGUCAAACUCGCUUGCCUAUAUCACUUUUAGAUGAGAAAAAGACGAAAACGAAAAGUGCUCUUUUAACAUCACAAAGCUACUCCUAUGUAUUUGGGGGUAAAGCACAGCGCAAAAGACCUUCGUUGGAGUGUGAUGAUCUAUCGUCACUUGUACGAAAUGCUGAAUCAAAUCAGUAUUUGUAUAACUCGACGGACGAUAAACAUAUGAUUCGAUGCGAUGAUGGUGUCCGAGAUUUAACACAGGAUCCUCACUUCAAAGCUGGCCGAUCGAAGAGACUAUGGAAUGAGUUAUUUAAGGUUUUAGACUCUUCAGAUGUUGUGCUGUACAUUUUGGAUGCGCGCGAUCCAAUGGGCACACGAUCUCCUUAUAUUGAGAAGUACUUAAAAACUGAAAAACCACACAAACAUUUCAUUUUUAUCAUCAACAAAGUGGAUUUAGUCCCUGUAUGGAUAACAAAACGAUGGAAAGCCAUCUUAUCUGAAGAAUAUCCUACACUCAUAUUCCACGCUGAUAUGACUAAACCUUUGGGUAAAGUUGCUCUCAUGGGUCUUUUAAGGCAAUUGGCAUCACUUCAUAGUAAAGAACGACCACAAAUAUCGGUUGGUAUCAUUGGUUAUCCAAAUGUUGGAAAAAGUAGCAUCAUUAAUGCUCUUAGAAAUAAAAAGGUGUGUAAUGUCGCCCCGUUGGCUGGCGAAACAAAAGUAUGGCAGUAUGUUACUCUAAUGAAAUCUAUAUUCUUAAUCGAUUGUCCUGGAGUCGUCUAUCCUGAUGGUAAUACUGAAGCAGAAUUAGUUAUGAAAGGAGUUGUGAGAGUAGAAUACUUACAGCAGCCUGAUCUGUAUAUUCGUGAUGUAUUGGAACGUGUUAAACCAGAAUUCCUACAAGCCAAGUAUAAUCUACCACCAUUGUCAUCUAACGAUGUUCAGAAUUAUUUGCAAAAGCAAAUUAUGGAUAAUGAAGCAAAUAAUAAAAGUAGUAAGGAUAUUAAUUCAACUUUAUCAGAAUCCUCUACUAAACCUUUAUUAUGGAAUGACUAUCCAGAAUUGUUUUUAGAAACCUUAGCUCGACAAAGUGGUAAAUUACUAAAGGUAAUUGGAAAAUUGUUAUCACUUUGUAUAAUAUGUGUCUAGUCAGUUCAUUAACCUAUUAUGAAAUCCAAUCUUUAUGAUACAUGUCACUUUAUACUGUUCAUUUAUGACGCCCAACUUUCUAAUUAACAUUUUUCCCUUAAUUAGUAAUGUGAUUGUGGUACUAUGAUACUUACUUUCUAAGUAUGAAAGAACAAAGAGUUUUUCAGUCGAGACGACAAAACCAAAAGUUGUUGUCAGUUCACGAAGAUAUUGGUUGUCGGACAAAGACAUAUUGGUAGGUAUAGACUAUCUGGUUUGGGGUCCUUGCAAUUGUCGUUAUCAAUAUUUAGAGGCGCAGAGUGAUAUGACUGAGAAUUGGUUGCAGUGGUGUUGAUGAAUUCACUCUUUGUUUUCGUUCAGAUCUUGGAUUUCAAAAUUAUCUUAUUUCCCUUCUUUCAGCAAAUUCUUUUUGAAUCGUAUUGUCUACACCCUUAUCUUUUUUAUUACCACUGAUAUUGUUACUACUUCUAUUACUUUGGCGUUUGUCUUAAUAAUCUCAUCUUAUUCUGUUGAUAUGGUACGGUAGUUUAAAGGAAUACACAUAUGUGACAGGUUCUACGUUGCUUAUGGCCAACCAACUGACAUUCACUUUCAAACACCAGUUCUGUUGUCUUAGAACAGUAAUUUUCUGAAUCCAAUCGUUUCUUUCCGAGUAUAUUGUAUAAUUUUGUUUUAACGCUUAACUUUAAAUUAUUAUCGUCUAUUAUGUUUGUCUGAUAUCUACUUUGAUUUUCGUGCACAUGAAACACAGUGGAAGAUUAUACUUACAUUAUAGCUGACGAACCUAGUUGUUUGGUUUCUUCUUCCUGUUACUUUUAGAGCACCAUUUUCCCAUAAUAAAAAUGAUUAGGAUACAACAAGAAUUCUGGUCAAGUUAUAACUAUCAAUAGACGAAUUACAUGGAGUGAUAUAUUGAAGCAAUUUCACAUAUAUAAACCAAUAUUAAAACAUUGUAAAUAAUGCUCAUAACCUUCUUUAGAAUGGUGACCAUCAAAACUUGUGAAAGCCCUGAAGUAGUACCGGAAUUUCCCAUAAAAUCCUCUGAAAUCGCUCUACAUUUAUGCAGGAUAUUUCACACAUAGACUGUGAUUAUGCAAAAUCUACUUGGUGUUGAAAUUAACUUUGUCUUCCACCUAUAUUAUCUUUAUAUAUCUUUUCCGGACUAACUAGGCUGGUGAGCCGGAUUUAAACACGACUGCUAAGCGUGUACUGAAUGACUUUCAACGUGGUCGACUACCCUACUUUGUCAAACCACCUAUGGAGGCGGAAGAACUUAUACAGAAUGAUGUUAUCGAUGAAUAUUCAGAAGAAAUCGUCAAGGACUUAUCAGUGGACGUACCAGAUAAGGAUCAAUCCAUUACUGAUGUGAUUUCUUCUACUGAUACCGGUUUCACAGAAGAUUUAUCCGAGACAGACUGUAGUGACGGAGAGUUGGAGCCAAGUAAACUACUCAACUACGAUCUAAACACUAAUGAUGAUAAUGUUAAAGCCAUAACAACUUCAAAGGAACCAGUCCAGACCUUGACAUCAAGACAAAAAAGAAGUAUGGACAGAGCUAUACGACGCCAGAAAAAUCGUGCAGGUCGUCAAUUUUACAAAGAAAUUCGUGAUCAGCGGCCAGGUAGAAAUUAUGGAAGUAAUAGCCAAGACCUGAGGAAACUAAAUUGCCGAUCCAAGGUUAAUAAAAGGCGUUAAUAAAACAAAGAUUAAGACUGGAUAUUGGUCGACUAUGUACAUAAUGUUACUUUGUAUCAAAAUACACCUUACACCUGGACAGAGGUCUUCUUAACACUAUUUGACUGUACAUUUUUUUCUUUCUUGUAACGAAAUUGACCCCAAGCUGUCUAUGAGAUUAGUCACCUCACUAUCAGUAAGUCUAAUAAUCAAAAGUUAGUUGUAUAAUUGCGGGUAAAUACAUUCAUCAUCGUCCUCCAACAAUUUCUAUCGAAUCAGUAUUGAAUAAUAUUGUUUGCUACAUCGUUUUUUAGCACCUAACUAUAAGACUAUGUGACAUUACAUGUUACGGACGUGCUUCACCACGUAUUGACUGUGGAUAUGUGCCAAGUUCACUUAGACAGCAGGCGCAUAUGUAUCCGGUGCCCUU